CCUCGCCGCCGUCCCUUUCCCCAGCUCCCUGGCUCCUUUCUCCGUAUGGGAUUGUAGCCGCGGCGCGGACCCGGCGGGGAUCGCGGAGGAAGCGGCGGCGCCUGGGGGGCCGGAGCCGCUGGAGCCCGCGGAGGACGAGGACCAGGAGGACGAGGAGAGAGCCGAUCGCGGCUCCAUGUUCGCCCCCGGUCCGGAGGAGCCCUGCGCCCCCAGCAAAGAACCGCGCAAAUACGGAGAGCUCGUGGUGCUGGGGUACAAUGGUGCACUUCCUAAUGGAGACCGAGGACGUAGGAAAAGCAGGUUUGCUCUUUACAAACGUUCAAAGGCUAAUGGAGUCAAGCCAAGCACUGUUCAUGUAAUAUCAACACCUCAGGCAUCCAAGGUGAUCAGCUGUAAAGGUCAACACAGUAUCUCUUACACUUUAUCGAGGAAUCAGACAGUAGUGGUGGAAUACACACAUGAUGAAGAUACUGAUAUGUUUCAGGUGGGAAGAUCAACAGAGAGCCCAAUAGACUUCGUGGUAACAGACACAAUUUCUGGCAGUCAAAAUAGUGAUGAAACCCAGAUCACACAAAGUACCAUAUCCAGGUUUGCCUGUAGGAUUGUCUGUGAUAGGAACGCACCGUAUACAGCACGGAUUUUUGCAGCAGGAUUUGAUUCUUCCAAAAACAUCUUUCUUGGAGAAAAGGCAGCAAAAUGGAAGAAUCCUGAUGGACACAUGGAUGGACUAACUACAAACGGUGUUCUAGUAAUGCAUCCCAAAGGAGGAUUCACAGAAGAGUCCAAACCAGGAGUAUGGCGUGAAAUUUCAGUUUGUGGAGAUGUGUAUACACUGCGAGAAACAAGAUCAGCGCAGCAGAGGGGAAAGCUAGUUGAAAAUGAGACCAACGUCCUACAAGAUGGUUCCCUCAUUGAUCUGUGUGGCGCAACCCUUCUGUGGAGAACAGCCGAUGGUCUCUUUCACACUCCAACUCAAAAGCACAUCGAAGCUCUUCGACAAGAGAUCAAUGCCGCCCGACCACAGUGCCCUGUUGGACUGAACACGUUGGCCUUUCCCAGCAUCAACCAGAAGGAUGUGGUGGAAGAGAAGCAGCCGUGGGCAUACCUCAGCUGUGGUCACGUGCAUGGCUAUCACAACUGGGGACACCGAAGUGAUACUGAAGCCAACGAGAGGGAGUGCCCCAUGUGCAGAACCGUUGGGCCAUACGUGCCCCUGUGGCUGGGCUGUGAGGCCGGAUUCUAUGUUGAUGCUGGACCCCCGACUCAUGCCUUCACCCCUUGUGGACACGUGUGUUCUGAGAAGUCUGCAAAGUACUGGUCCCUGAUCCCUUUGCCUCAUGGCACGCACGCGUUCCAUGCCGCCUGCCCUUUCUGUGCCACGCAGCUCGUUGGGGAGCAGAACUUUGUGAAAUUAAUUUUCCAAGGUCCAGUUGACUGAGGCUAUCUACAAUAAUAUCACUAACAAGUUACUGUGAAGAUUUUGCCACUAAUGUAGACUUUACUUUUUUAUAUAGUGUGUUACAGGGGUUGAGCGGGAGUGCUGAUAGAUUGGGAGAGGUGGGGUCACAGUAGUGACAGACACCUGGAAGUGACAAAAAUCGGUGAUGUUGCAUUGGUAACAGCUGCAUAGUCAUCAAAGCUUGUUUGAUAAGUGUCUUUGCUGUAUGUGUUUGUGGUUGAAUUUUAAAAUAUCAUAUUUUAUUUUAAUCUUGGGUUUUUUAACAAAAUUUUUUUUCUUGUAAACUUUGACAAAUCUCGAAAUAAUGCUUUUUUUCACUAUUAGGAGUUUAACCAGAAGGUUUUGGUUUUAUUUUUAACUAUUAAUUUGCAGCCUCAGUCUUUAGGAUGCUAGAAUUGGAGCUGUAAGGGACCAUAGAGGCCAUCUAGUCCAACUUGCUUACUUCACAGAGGAGAAAACUGAGGCACAAAGUAAGCAUCUUGUCCACCCCAAAUGGGUAGUUAGUGACAGAGCAAAACUUGAACUCAGGGCCUCAAGACUCCCAAAGCCCGUGACCCUCUUUCCGCAGUACUGUUCUGCUUCGUCUUCAAGAUGUUAACUCGAGCUGUGAAUAGCAUGUGGAAAUGUUUGGCAUCCACAAGAUGGUUAUUUAUCUACGUCAGAGUGGCCUGAGCUAGAUUAAAAUGUAAUUGGAAAAUAUUUAACAAAAUAAAUAAAAACACAGUAGAAGGUCGAUAAUACCUAUGGUUUUCCAAGUCAGGCCUGCAGGGAUUAUGUAUGGUUUAUUGUCCCCUGUUUCUAUUUGAGUUUGACACAAAUGAUCUACAUGAUGUUCCAAAAUGAAAAUGUGACAUUAAGCAAUUAACAAGAGAAUUGUUUUGAUAUUGGAAACUUUGUGACCUAUUUUUUAUCAUAUGAAGUUGAGAAAGAAGAUUCAGAUGUUGUAAUGGCUUUUUAAAUUUGGUUAUCAAAUGUUAAUUGCUUUAUGCACAUUUGUAGAAUAACUUUUGACAUUAUAAACAAAGAAUUCUCCAUAACUUUUUGGUUUGAAUUUUACAUCCUGUCCUUGCUAUGCACCUUGCAUAUGUAGGACUAUAUGAUUGAUUAAAAUGUAGCAUCUCUCAAAAUUCAUUAGCUCGGCAUUAUUGCAGCUGGAGAGAUUGUUUGGGUACCAUAAUAGUAAAUUUAUGUGUAUACCGAAUCAUUUAUUGAGUCUAAAAAGUGAUUGCACAUUAGUUUUUUUUAAAGCUUAUUUGGAUGUUUUUUGGACUUGGAUAUAUCCAACAUUCUAUGAACGGAGAGCUCACCUCAUACCGUAAUGAAACAGUAGAUUUUGUUCACUCUACUUCACACCAUCUGGCACCUUCUGUUGCAGCUUGAGGAACACUGUAAGUUUUGAAAAUGUUUGCAAAUCAAACUAAAUUUAAAUGUGAUCAUUAGAUAUACACAACACCCAAUGGUGCUUCUGCAGAGAUAAUUUGAAAUGUGUGAUUUUAAGACAGAAAAUAAGUGUUUGCUGAGGAAUAAUUAAAUUCGAAUUUCUUAGGAGCUCCAACAUCCCAUUCAGUUGGCUUUAUUUAAUUCUGAAUAAUAAUUCUGUGAUACCUCUGUUAACAAGUAUAGAGACUAUCAGUCUAUCCAGGAUGAAAAUGUUCAUUUGGGAGAAUAUUAAUAGCUAUCUGAAAAGAAAUAAAAAUCUACUGAAUGAACAAUAUUUUAAUCUGUAACUUCUGCUAAAUUGACCAUUGGAGCUUUUUAUGCUACACAUGAGACCUUUGUAUAGACAUAUAAUUUAUAUAACUUUAAUAUAUUGUAUAUAUAUAUAUAUAUAUAUAUCUAUAAAUACAUACUUGAUUGGCCUGUUGAUAUUUUGGCUGUAAAUUGUUUUAUAAUUAAUCUGUAAGCCUAGCAUUUUUAAUUCCCUUUACUCAUGGGUGAUGAGAUGUGUUGGUUUUGUUUGCUGCUGUUUUUAAUAUUCAUAUUAUAUAAAAUGUCAGCCUGUCAAUUUAAAAUUGUCUCACUUUUCCAUAUACUUUGUGGUUUGGGGUGGAGAGUUUAGCUUCAAAACACCACAGACUCCUCCCAUGGCAUUCUUCUCAGUGAUCCCUUUCUGUACAUCUUGCUCAUCUCUGCCUGAAGACUAAGAACAAAUUGGACAUGCCUAAAAUAAUAGCACGAGUGCCUUUUUAUUCAGCAAGAGUCUUCUGUGACCUCUGAUCUGGUUCCAAGUCCUUCUACCAGCAUUGUGGGUCAUUCAGGAUGUUUGCUCAGCCCUUCAUUGGUUCAUGGUUUGGGAAAUGAGGAUAAAUUUACUCUAUUUCUAUUAUAUGAUUAGCAAUAUACAUUCUUCAGCUUAUUAAACAGCAGACUAAAUGACUUACUAGUCAUUCAGCCAGAAGGGGCAGGUUUUUCUUUUCUGAGAGAUGUUUGUCCAGAGAACCCUUAAGAUUAUUAAAAUUUACUGUCACCAGUCCUUAAACCUGAAAAGCAUAGCAGAACCUAGCAGACUCAUGAAACUCCACAGAAAGCAGUUGACUAACCUGAAAAAGCCCCUUACUCUUUUCCAAAGCCUAUCUCAUAAGUAUUAGUUUGAAAUUUAGAGAUUUCAUUCUCUAAGGAUAGGGCUGGGAUGUUAGGUUUACAGAAUUGGGUCACUCUUUGGUCUUUUUUUUUUCUUGCAUUCAGAUGUGCUGCUACCUCUUGCCUUCUCCCUUUUCGGAGCUGCCCUCUACACUUAGAAGCUGAAUGAGGAAGUCCAGAAAAAGAGAAAUAUUUUUGUGCUGAAGUACUUUACUUUCAGUGAUAGAAAUGCUUGCCUUUAUAUUGUUUGAUGUUUAGUUUUCUCAUUUUUUUAAAAAAAUAACUUGGUAAAUGAAAGGAAAUCUUGUUGCCCACUAGCCAAAUAAGAAGAAGAUAAGCUAAGGAAUAGGAUCCAAGAAGCAGCUUGUAUAAAUUCCGAAUGGAAAGAUUUAUUCUAUCUUCACCUGCAGUCAGAGAAGAGAGAAAGAUUACUGUCUAAUACCUCUUCCUGAGAAGUCACAGAAAGAGCCUCCUAGACACAGCCCUGAUUUAUAUAGUGAUUCCCUCUGAUAAAGAGGAUGGUACAUAGAAUUUCAAAAGGCAGCAAUGAUGUAUUUCAUAGAAAAUAUUUUUUUCUUCAGUUUUUUAAUCAGUUUAUGAUUGAAAAGAGAUCAAGAGUAGAUGAAGUAUUAGUACUCUGAGUAUGUUUUUAGAGAGAACUUUUAUUAAUCUCUGCUUUCCUUGUAAUGCAUACCACACCUGAACAUUUUCAAUCAUGAAGCAUUGUUAGUGACUAAUGUGCAAGGUACUGUGCUAGAUGUAUAAAGGUAGGAAAAAAUGAAACAAUCCUUGUUCUCAAGGAAUUUGGGCAUAACUUAUUAAAAACAGGACUAAAGGCUCCACCAAGGAGUCAAUGGUAAGCUUUUCAUUCCUUCAACUCUGAUCCAAAAUUGAAAUUUUCGGGUUUCCUAGAGUAGUACAUAUUUAUCAUCAGUUUUAAUUCAUAACUUAUGGUACCACAGUGCCUAUGGAUAACCUCAUAAUAGAGUUGCUUCAUGUAGAAUUUCUGGGGGAAAAGAAAAGAGAAAGCCAUUAAAAAUGCUAGACUCUGUUAAGGGAGACUAAUGAAUUUGGGUGCAAAAAUAGGCCAGCAGUUGGUCAUAAAAAUAAUUACAGCAGGUUUUUUCCCCCCGAAUCCUUAGAGAUACAUAACUUAUUGAAGUUACUUUGUACUAUUAUAAGGGAGCUGGGGAAAUGUUUUUUCUUAAAGCUUAAAGUACUGGGGAGGGGGAUG